GAGGGGCUCACGUUCCAUCCGGGCCCGGCGCGCGGCGCGGCGCGGCGCGGCAUUCCUUCCGGGCUGCUGGGGAGGCGCCUCGACGUUCCAUCUGGAGAGCCUCGACGUUCCGCCCGAGCCCGGCGCGGGCGGCCGGGGCGCUGGCCGGGCCCUAGGACUGAGAGGCCGCCCCGCGACGCGGAUGCGGAGCCUGCUCGCCCAAGAUCAAAGCCACCGGUGCUCUCUUUGUGUCCGCUCGGGAUUCGCCGCCCUGGGGCUGUUCAUGGAAACCUAAACUGCUGGAACCUGAGGCAGAGAACCCCUCUUGGAUUUUUGCUUUUUUUUUUUUUUUUUUUUUAAACCCCCGGGGGAAGGGUGACCACUCCGACCUGGAUUUACCGUUCUUGGUCUCCCUAAGCCCCCCCGAGUGGGGGGCGGUUGUGCUCGCUCUGGCGGUUGGAGGUCGGGGAGCGGCCCGGGCUCUGGCCAUGUUCUCGGAUGAGGAUUUCUGGAUCGCCCUGUGAAGAGGUCUCCCCGAGAGGGCCCUGCCCAGUCGGAGAGAGGGAUGGACAGCCAGAAGCCGCCUGCUGAAGAUAAAGAUUCAGACCCAGCAGCUGAUGGACUUACAGCCCCUGAGAAGCCAGACCUUCCCAUUCUGUGUGUCGGGGAGGUCUCUGUCCCCAGUUCUGGGAGUUCCAGGCUUCAGAAGCCUCUUCAUGACUGCAGUAGGGGUCCAGCACAACGUUGUGCUCUCUGUAACUGCGGGGAGCCCAGUCUGCAUGGGCAAAGGGAGCUGCAGCGCUUUGAAUUGCCAUCUGACUGGCCCGGGUUUCCAGUGGUAUCCUCUGGGGGAACGUCAGGUCCCCGUGAGGCAGUGCUGCCCAAUGAGGAUGUAUCACAGAUUGGGUUCCCUGAGGGCCUUACGCCUGCCCACCUAGGAGAGCCUGGAGGGCACUGCUGGGCACAUCACUGGUGUGCUGCGUGGUCAGCAGGCGUAUGGGGGCAGGAGGGCCCAGAACUAUGUGGUGUGGACAAGGCCAUCUUCUCAGGGAUCUCACAGCGCUGCUCCCACUGCACCAGGUUCGGUGCCUCCGUUCCUUGCCGCUCACCCGGAUGUUCCCGGCUUUACCACUUUCCCUGUGCAACUGCCAGUGGUUCCUUCUUAUCCAUGAAAACACUGCAGCUGCUCUGCCCAGAGCACAGUGAUGGAGCUGCACAUUUGGAGGAGGCUCGCUGUGCAGUGUGUGAGGGGCCAGGGCAGUUGUGUGACUUGUUCUUCUGUACCAGCUGUGGGCAUCACUAUCAUGGAGCCUGUCUGGACACUGCUCUGACUGCCCGCAAGCGUGCCGGUUGGCAGUGCCCUGAAUGCAAAGUGUGCCAAUCAUGCAGGAAACCUGGGAAUGAUUCUAAAAUGUUGGUGUGUGAGACAUGUGACAAAGGGUAUCAUACCUUCUGCUUAAAACCACCCAUUGAGGGCCUGCCUGCUCACUCGUGGAAAUGUGAGACAUGCCGGCUAUGUCGGGCCUGUGGGGCCAGCUCAGCAGAACUGAAUCCCAACUCUGAAUGGUUUGAGAACUAUUCACUCUGUCACCGCUGUCAUAAAGCCCAGGGAAGCCAGCCUGUCACUUCUGUUGCCGAACAGCACCCAACUGUCUGUAGCAGAUUUCCACCCCCAGAGCCUGGUGAGAUCUCCACUGAUGUGCCCGAUGCUCUGUACGUUGCAUGCCAAGGGCAGCCAAAGGGUGGGCACAUGACCUCUAUGCAACCCAAGGAACCGGGGCCCCUGCAAUGUGAAGCCAAACCACUAGGUGAGUAGGACCUGAAGGUCCCUGAACCUGCCUCACCUCCACCUGAAGCCUCCCGACUGUCCCCACCGCCCGAGGACUCUCCUGCCUCACCUCCACCAGAGGACUCACUCAUGUCCUUGCCGAUGGAGGAGUCACCGCUUUCGCCACUGCCUGAGGAGCUGAGACUCUGCCCUCAGCCCGAGGAACCAUACUUGUCUCCUCAGCCUGAGGAGCCCCGACUCUGUCCCCAGUCUGAGAAGCUGCCGCUGUCCCCACAGUCUGAGGAGCCAUGCCUGUCCCCUGUGCUUGCAGAACCAGGUCCAUCUUCUCAGCCUGAGGAGCUACGCUUGUCCCCUGUGCCUCAGGAACCACACCUGUCCCCUCAGCCUGAGGAGCCACACCUGUCCCCUCAGCCUAAGCAGUUGCACCUGUCACCCCAACCUGAGGAGCCCUGCCUGUCUCCCAUGCCUGAGGAGCCCUGCCUGUCCCCACAGCCUGAGGAACUAAAUCGACCUCCUCAGUCUGAAGAGCCUCCUGAGGAACCAAGCCAGAGCUCUGCACCUAAGGAGCUGUCCCUGUUUUCCCCAAGUGGGGAGCCACCUUUAUCCCCCAUGCUUGGAGAGCCAGCUCUGUCUGAGCCUGGGGAACCACCUCUGUCCCCACUUCCUGAGGAGCUGCCCUUGUCCCUGUCUGGGGAGCCAGUCUUGUCACCUCAGCUGAUGCCACCAGAUCCUCUUCCUCCUCCACUCUCACCCAUCAUCCCAGCUGCAGCCCCUCCAGCCUUGUCUCCUUUGGGGGAGUUAGAGUACCCCUUUGGUGCCAAAGGGGACAGUGACCCUGAGUCACCGCUGGCUGCCCCCAUCCUCGAGACGCCUAUCAGCCCUCCACCGGAAGCCAACUGCACUGACCCCGAGCCUGUGCCCCCGAUGAUCCUCCCCCCAUCUCCAGGCUCCCCUCUGGGACCCGCCUCUCCGAUCCUCAUGGAGCGGCUCCCUGUGCCCUGCUCUCCACUCCUUCCGCACUCCUUACCUCCUCCGACCCCUCCUCCUUCCCAUAGCUCACCUCCUGCUCUGCCGCUCUCUGUUCCCUCCCCACUGAGUCCUGUGCAGAAGGUAGUGGACGUCUCAGAUGAAGCUGAGCUGCACGAGAUGGAGACUGAUAAAGGUCCAGAACCUGAGUGCCCAGCCUUGGAACCCAGGGCUACCAGUCCCCUGCCGUCCCCUCUGGGGGACCUUUCUUGCCCUGCCCCCAGCCCUGCCCCGGUCCUGGAUGACUUCUCUGGCUUGGGAGAAGACACAGCCCCUCUAGAUGGGACUGAUGCUGAUCCAUCCCAGUCACGGACUGCACAGAUGUCUGGCAGCUUGGCUGGUGAACUUAAAGGUUCUCCUGUGCUCCUGGACCCCGAGGAGCUGAUCCCUGUGACCCCUAUGGAGGUCUAUGGCCCAGAAUGCAAGCAGGCAGGGCAGGGCUCACCCUGUGAAGAGCAGGAGGAGCCUGGUGCACCAAUGGCCCCCAUGCCGCCCACUCUCAUCAAAUCUGACAUCGUCAAUGAGAUCUCUAACCUGAGCCAGGGCGAUGCCAGUGCCAGUUUUCCUGGUUCAGAGCCUCUGCUGGGCUCCCCUGACCCCGAGGGGGGUGGCUCCUUGUCCAUGGAGCUGGGAGUAUCUACGGAUGUUAGUCCAGCCCGAGAUGAGGGCUCCCUACGCCUCUGCACUGACUCGCUGCCAGAGACGGAUGACUCCCUGUUGUGUGACACUGGGACAGCAACCAGUGGAGGCAAAGCCGAGGGGGACAAAGGGCGGCGGCGCAGCUCCCCCGCCCGGUCCCGAAUCAAACAGGGUCGGAGCAGCAGUUUCCCAGGACGCCGCCGGCCUCGUGGAGGAGCAGCGCACGGAGGCCGAGGGAGAGGACGGGCCCGACUGAAGUCGACCACUUCUUCCGUUGAGACACUGGUAGUGGCUGAUAUUGAUAGUUCUCCUAGCAAGGAGGAGGAAGAGGAAGAUGAUGACACCAUGCAAAAUACCGUGGUUCUCUUCUCUAACACAGACAAAUUUGUUCUAAUGCAGGACAUGUGUGUGGUGUGCGGCAGCUUUGGCCGGGGCGCUGAGGGCCACCUCUUGGCCUGUUCACAGUGUUCUCAGUGCUAUCACCCGUACUGUGUCAACAGCAAGAUCACCAAGGUGAUGCUGCUGAAGGGCUGGCGUUGUGUGGAGUGCAUCGUUUGUGAGGUGUGUGGCCAGGCCUCCGACCCUUCGCGCCUGCUGCUCUGUGAUGACUGUGACAUUAGCUACCAUACAUACUGUCUGGAUCCCCCACUGCUCACUGUGCCCAAGGGUGGCUGGAAGUGCAAGUGGUGUGUGUCAUGUAUGCAGUGUGGGGCUGCCUCCCCUGGCUUCCACUGUGAAUGGCAGAAUAGUUACACACAUUGCGGGCCAUGUGCCAGCCUGGUGACCUGUCCUAUCUGUCAUGCUCCCUAUGUGGAGGAAGACCUGCUAAUCCAGUGUCGCCACUGUGAACGGUGGAUGCACGCCGGCUGCGAGAGCCUCUUUACAGAGGACGAGGUGGAGCAGGCUGCUGACGAGGGCUUUGACUGUAUUUCCUGCCAGCCAUAUGUGGUGAAGCCUGUGGUACCCGUUGCCCCACCAGAGCUGGUACCCGUGAAGGUAAAAGAGCCAGAGCCCCAGUUCUUUCGCUUCGAGGGUGUGUGGCUGACAGAAACUGGCAUGGCGGUGCUGCGUAACCUGACCAUGUCACCACUGCACAAGCGGCGCCAGCGGCGAGGACGGCUAGGCCUCCCAGGCGAGGCAGGGCUGGAGGGUUCUGAGCCCUCAGAUGCCCUUGGCCCUGAUGACAAGAAGGAUGGGGACCUGGACACUGACGAUCUCCUCAAGGGUGAAGGCGGUGUUGAGCAAAUGGAAUGUGAAAUUAAGCUAGAAGGCCCCGCCAGCCCUGAUGUAGAACUUGGCAAAGAAGAGACAGAGGAGAGCAAAAAGCGCAAGCGCAAACCGUACCGGCCGGGCAUUGGGGGUUUCAUGGUACGACAGCGGAAGUCUCACACCCGUGUGAAAAGGGGGCCUGCUGCACAGGCAGAGGUGUUGAGUGGGGAUGGACAGCCCGACGAGGUGAUGCCCGCUGACCUACCUGCAGAGGGCUCUGUGGAACAGGGCCUUGCUGACGGGGAUGAGAAGAAGAAGCAACAGCGACGAGCGCGCAAAAAGAGCAAGCUGGAGGACAUGUUCCCUGCCUACCUGCAGGAAGCCUUCUUUGGAAAGGACCUGCUGGACCUGAGUCGGAAGGCCCUGUUUGCAGUUGGGGUGGGCCGGCCAGGCUUCGGACUGGGAGCCUCAAAACCCCGGGGUGAUGGCGGUUCAGAUAGGAAGGAGCUUAUGACAGCCUUGCACAAAGGAGAUGAUGGUCCCGAUGUUGCAGAUGAGGAGUCCCAUGGGCCUGAGGGCACGGCUGAUAUACCAGGGCUUGAGGGUGGGGGUGUAAAGGCAUCCCCAGUGCCCAGUGACCCCGAGAAGCCGGGCACUCCAGGUGAAGGGGCGCUUAGCUCUGACCUGGAUAGAAUCCCCACCGAAGAACUACCCAAAAUAGAGUCCAAGGACCUGCAGCAGCUCUUUAAGGAUGUCCUGGGCUCAGAACGAGAACAGCAUUUGGGUUGUGGAACUCCUGGCCUAGAAGGUAGCCGAACACCACUGCAGAGGCCCUUUCUCCAAGGCGGACUCGCUUUGGGCAGUCUCCCCUCCAAUAGCCCGAUGGACUCCUACCCAGGCCUCUGCCAGUCCCCCUUCUUGGAUUCUAGGGAGCGCGGGGGCUUCUUUAGCCCAGAACCCGGUGAGCCAGACAGCCCUUGGACAGGCUCAGGGGGCACCACCCCCUCCACCCCCACCACGCCUACCACAGAGGGCGAGGGCGACGGGCUGUCCUAUAACCAGCGGAGUUUGCAGCGUUGGGAAAAAGACGAGGAGCUGGGUCAGCUCUCCACUAUCUCACCUGUUCUCUAUGCCAACAUUAACUUUCCUAAUCUCAAGCAAGAUUACCCAGACUGGUCUAGCCGUUGUAAACAAAUCAUGAAGCUCUGGAGAAAGGUUCCAGCCGCUGACAAAGCCCCCUACCUGCAAAAGGCCAAAGAUAACCGGGCUGCUCACCGCAUCAGUAAGGUGCAGAAGCAGGCUGAGAGCCAGAUCAGCAAGCAAGCCAAGAUGGGCGACAUAGCCCGUAAGACUGAUCGACCGGCCCUCCAUCUCCGCAUUCCCUCCCAGCCAGGGGCACUGGGCAGUCCGCCCCCUGCUGCGGCCCCCACCAUUUUCCUUGGCAGCCCCACCACCCCUGCUGGCUUGUCUACCUCUGCGGACGGGUUCCUGAAGCCGCCAGCGGGCACGGUACCCGGCCCUGACUCACCUGGUGAGCUCUUCCUCAAGCUCCCGCCCCAGGUGCCCGCCCAAGUGCCUUCGCAGGACCCCUUUGGACUGGCCCCUGCCUACGCCCCGGAGCCCCGCUUCUCUGCGGCACCACCCACUUAUCCUCCUUACCCAAGCCCCACUGGAGCCCCUGUCCAGCCCCCAAUGCUGGGUACCACAACUCGACCUGGGACUGGCCAGCCAGGAGAAUUUCAUACUACCCCACCGGGUACCCCCAGACACCAGCCUUCCACGCCUGACCCCUUCCUCAAACCUCGCUGCCCCUCACUGGACAACCUGGCUGUGCCUGAGAGCCCAGGGGUAGCAGGAGGCAAGGUUUCCGAGCCUCUGCUCUCACCCCCACCUUUCGGGGAGUCCCGGAAGUCCCUAGAAGUGAAGAAGGAAGAGCUUGGGGCAUCCUCUCCUGGCUAUGGUCCCCCAAACCUGGGCUGUGUUGACUCACCCUCUUCAGGCCCCCACCUGGGCGGUCUGGAGUUAAAGGCACCUGAUGUCUUCAAAGCCCCCCUAACCCCUCGGGCAUCUCAGGUAGAGCCCCAGAGCCCGGGCCUGGGCUUGCGAGCCCAGGAGCCACCCCCUGCCCAGGCUUUGGCCCCUUCUCCUCCCAGCCACCCGGAUGUCUUUCGUUCUGGCCCAUACCCCGACCCCUAUGCCCAGCCUCCAUUGACUCCUCGGCCCCAACCACCACCCCCUGAGAGCUGCUGUGCCCCGCCUCCCCGAUCACUGCCCUCUGACCCUUUCUCCAGAGUGCCCGCUAGUCCUCAGUCCCAGUCCAGUUCCCAGUCCCCACUGACCCCACGUCCUCUGUCGGCUGAGGCUUUCUGCCCGUCCCCUGUAACCCCUCGCUUCCAGUCCCCUGACCCUUAUUCGCGUCCACCCUCACGACCUCAGUCCCGUGAUCCCUUUGCCCCAUUACAUAAGCCACCCCGGCCCCAGCCCCCUGAAGUUGCCUUUAAGGCUGGGCCCCUAGCCCACACUCCGCUGGGAGCUGGGGGCUUCCCAGCAGCCCUGCCUUCUGGCCCAGCAGGUGAGCUCCAUGCCAAGGUCCCAAGUGGGCAGCCCACUAAUUUUGCCCGUUCUCCCGGGACAGGCACAUUUGUGGGCACCCCAUCUCCCAUGCGGUUCACUUUCCCACAGGGGGUAGGGGAGCCUUCCCUAAAACCCCCUGUCCCUCAGCCUGGUCUCCCUUCACCCCAUGGGAUCAACAGCCAUUUUGGGCCUGGCCCCACCUUGGGCAAGCCUCAAAGCACAAACUACGCAGUAGCCACGGGGAACUUUCACCCAUCAGGCAGCCCCCUGGGGCCCAAUAGUGGGCCCACAGGGGAGGGCUAUGGGCUGUCCCCACUACGCCCCGCAUCCGUUCUGCCACCUCCCACACCUGACGGAUCCCUCCCCUACUUGACGCAUGGAGCCUCACAAAGGGUAGGCAUCACCUCUCCAGUGGAAAAGAGAGAAGACCCAGGAGCUACCAUGAGUAGUAGCUCUUUGGCAACACCUGAACUCUCAAGUACCCAGGAUGCAGGCAUAGCUGGCCUCAGCCAGACCGAGCUGGAGAAGCAGCGGCAGCGCCAGCGACUACGGGAACUGCUGAUUCGACAGCAGAUCCAGCGGAACACCCUGCGGCAGGAGAAGGAAACAGCAGCUGCAGCUGCAGGUGCAGUGGGGCCUCCAGGCAACUGGGGUGCUGAACCCAGCAGCCCUGCCUUUGAACAGCUGAGCAGAGGCCAGACCCCUUUCACUGGGUCUCAGGAUAGGAGCAGCAUUGUGGGGUUACCUGCAAGCAAGCUAGGCGGUCCCAUCCUGGGCCCAGGGGCCUUCUCCAGUGAUGAUCGACUCUCCCGGCCACUUCCGCCAGCCACACCUUCUUCCAUGGACAUGAACAGCAGGCAACUUGUUGGAGGCUCCCAGGCCUUCUACCAGCGAACACCCUAUCCUGGGUCCCUGCCCUUACAGCAGCAGCAACAGCAGCAGCAGCAGCAGCAACAGCAGCAACAACAACUGUGGCAGCAGCAGCAGCAACAGCAGCAGCAGGCGGCGGCAGCAGCAGCAGCAACCUCCAUGAGACUUGCCAUGUCUGCUCGAUUCCCGUCAACUCCUGGACCUGAACUUGGCCGUCAGGCACUAGGUUCCCCCUUGGCAGGAAUCCCUACCCGACUUCCAGGCCCUGCUGAGCCAGUCCCUGGUCCCGCUGGCCCUGCUCAGUUCAUUGAGUUGCGACAUAAUGUACAGAAAGGACUUGGACCUGGGGUAUCUCCAUUUCCUGGUCAAGGACCCCCUCAGAGGCCCCGUUUUUACCCAGUCAGCGAGGAACUCCAUCGACUGCCUCCUGAAGGUCUUCGGGGCCUGACUGUUUCAGGCCUUCCCCCACAAAAGCCCUCAGCCCCGCCAGCCCCUGAGCUGAACAACAGCCUCCAUCAGACGCCCCAUGCCAAGGGACCCGCCCUAGCUGCUGGCUUGGAGCUGGUCAGCCGCCCACCGUCAAGCACUGAGCUUAGUCGUCCCCCACUGGUCUUGGAGGCUGGGAAGUUGCCUUGUGAGGACCCUGAGCUGGACGAUGACUUUGAUGCCCACAAGGCCCUAGAGGAUGAUGAAGAGCUUGCUCACUUGGGUCUGGGUGUGGAUGUAGCCAAGGGCGAUGAUGAGCUGGGAACCCUGGAAAACCUGGAGACCAAUGACCCCCACCUGGAUGACCUCCUCAAUGGAGAUGAAUUUGACCUGCUAGCAUAUACUGACCCUGAGCUUGAUACUGGGGACAAGAAGGACAUCUUCAAUGAACACCUAAGGCUGGUGGAGUCAGCAAAUGAGAAGGCUGAGCGAGAAGCCUUGCUGCGGGGGGUGGAGCCAGCGUCCUUGGGCCCCGAGGAACGUCCUCCACCUGCCCCAGAUAACUCUGAGCCUCGCUUAACAUCUGUGCUCCCGGAGGUGAAGCCCAAAGUGGAGGAGGGAGGACGCCAUCCUUCUCCUUGCCAGUUCACCAUUAAUACCCCCAAGGUAGAGCCAGCCCCUCCUGCCACUCCCCUCAGCCUGGGUCUGAAGCCAGGACAGACUGUGAUGGGCACCCGGGACUCGAGAGGAGUGGGUGCAGGAUCGUUCCCCAGCAGUGGGCACACGGUUGAGAAGGGCCCAUUUGGGGCCACAGGAGGAACACCAGCUCACUUGCUGAACCCCAGCUCACUGAGUGGCCCAGCUGCAUCCUCUCUUCUGGAAAAGUUCGAGCUAGAAAGUGGGGCCCUAACCUUACCCAGUGGGCAUGCAGCACCUGGGGAUGAACUGGACAAAAUGGAGAGCUCAUUGGUAGCUAGCGAGUUGCCUCUGCUCAUUGAGGACCUACUAGAGCACGAGAAGAAGGAGCUACAGAAGAAGCAGCAGCUUUCAGCACAGACUGGGCUGCCCGCCCAGCAGCAGCAGCAGCAGCAGCAGCAGCAGCAGCAGCAGCAGCAGCACACCCUCCUUCCCACACCAGGCCCUGCCCAGGCACUGCCUUUGCCACAUGAGCCUGGGCCACCACAGCAGCUUCCUCUAGGUCUUGGAAGUGCACGACAGCCAGGCUUAGGCCAGUCGAUGGUGCCCACCCAGCCACCAGCUCAUGCCCUUCAGCAGCGCCUGGCCCCAUCCGUGGCUAUGGUGUCUAACCAGGGGCAUAUGCUAAGUGGGCAGCAAGCAGGGCAGGCAGGCCUGGUACCCCAGCAGAGUUCACAGCCAGUGUUGGCACAGAAGCCCGUGAGUGCCAUGCCAGCGUCCAUGUGCAUGAAGCCCCAGCAGCUGGCCAUGCAGCAGCAGCAGCUGGCGAACAGUUUCUUCCCAGACACAGACCUAGACAAAUUUGCUGCAGAAGACAUCAUUGAUCCUAUUGCAAAGGCCAAGAUGGUAGCUUUGAAAGGCAUCAAGAAAGUGAUGGCUCAGGGCAGCAUUGGGGUGGCACCUGGUAUGAACAGGCAGCAAGUAUCCCUGCUGGCGCAGAGGCUCUCCGGGGGGUCUGGCAGUGAUCUUCAGAACCACGUGGCACCUGGGAGUGGCCAGGAACGGAAUGCUGGUGACCCUGCCCAGCCUCGUCCUAACCCUCCCACUUUUGCCCAGGGAGUGAUCAAUGAGGCUGACCAGCGGCAGUAUGAGGAGUGGCUGUUCCACACACAGCAACUCCUACAGAUGCAGCUGAAGGUGCUAGAGGAGCAGAUUGGUGUACACCGCAAGUCUCGGAAAGCUCUGUGUGCCAAGCAGCGCACUGCCAAAAAGGCUGGCCGCGAGUUCCCAGAAGCCGAUGCUGAGAAGCUCAAGCUGGUCACCGAGCAGCAGAGCAAGAUCCAGAAGCAGCUGGAUCAGGUCCGGAAACAGCAGAAAGAGCACACGAAUCUCAUGGCAGAAUAUCGGAACAAGCAGCAGCAGCAACAACAGCAGCAGCAGCAACAGCAGCACUCAGCUGUGCUGGCUGCCAGCCCGUCUCAGAAUCCUCGGGUACUCACCAAGCUCCCUGGCCAGCUGCUCCCUGCCCAUGGGUUACAGCCACCACAGGCACCUCCGGGUGGGCAAGCUGGAGGUCUUCGUCUGCCUCCAGGGGGUAUGGUACUACCUGGACAGUCUGGUGGUCCAUUCCUCAAUACUACCUUGGCCCAACAGCAGCAACAGCAGCAUUCUGGUGUGGCUGGAUCCUUGACUGGCCCCUCUGGGAGCUUCUUCCCUGGCAAUCUCGCUCUCCGAAGCCUUGGACCUGACUCGAGGCUUUUACAGGAAAGGCAACUACAGCUGCAGCAGCAACGAAUGCAGCUGGCUCAGAAACUACAGCAGCAGCAGCAGCAGCAGCAGCAGCAACAGCAACAACAGCAACACCUCUUAGGGCAGGUGGCAAUCCAACAACAACAGGGUCCCGGAGUACAGAACCAGGCUCUGGGUCCUAAGCCUCAGGGCCUUCUGCCUCCCAGCAACCACCAGGGCCUCCUGGUCCAGCAGUUAUCCCCCCAGCAGUCCCAGGGGUCCCAGGGCCUGCUUGGUUCUGCCCAGGUGGCGGUGUUGCAGCAGCAGCAGCAGCAGCAGCAGCAGCAGCAGCAGCAGCAGCAGCAGCACUCUGGAGCUCUGGGUCCUCAGGGCCCUCACAGACAGGUGCUUAUGACUCAGUCCAGGGUGCUGAGCUCCCCUCAGCUGGCACAGCAGGGUCACAGCCUUAUGGGACACCGGCUGCUCACAGCCCAGCAGCAACAGCAGCAGCAGCAGCAGCAGCAGCAGCAGCAGCAGCAGCAGCAGCAGCAGGGAUCUAUGACAGGGCUUUCCCAACUUCAGCAAGGAAUGAUGUCACAUGGUGGACAGCCCAAAAUGAGUGCUCAAGCCUUGGGUUCUUUACAGCAGCAGCAGCAACAGCAACAACAGCAACAACAGCAACAGCUGCAGCUCCAGCAGCAGCAACAGCUACAACAGCAGCAACAGCUCCAGCAACAGCAACACCUGCAGCAGCAGCAGCAACAACAACAGCUACAACAGCAACAACAGCAACAGCUGCAGCUCCAGCAGCAGCAACAGCUACAACAGCAGCAACAGCUCCAGCAACAGCAACACCUGCAGCAGCAGCAGCAACAGCAGAUGGGCCUCUUGAACCAGAAUCGAACUUUAUUAUCUCCGCAGCAGCAGCAGCAGCAGCAGCAGCAGCAGCAGCAGCAGCAGCAGCAGCAGCAGGUGACACUUGGCCCUGGCCUGCCAGUGAAGCCUCUUCAACACUUUUCUAGCCCUGGAGCCCUAGGCCCAACCCUCCUCCUAACAGGCAAGGAACAAAACAAUGCAGAGACAGCGCUUCCUUCAGAGGUCACUGAGGGACCUUCAACACAUCAAGGAGGGCAACCAGCAGUGGGGACUACACCUGAGUCAAUGUCUGUUGAGCCAGGGGAGGUGAAGCCCUCCAUUUCCGGAGACUCACAGCUCUUACUUGUCCAAUCCCAGGCCCAAUCUCAGCCCACCUCCAUGCAGCUGCAGCCACCGCUCAGGCUCCCAGGACAACCCCAGCCUCAGGCGAACUUGCCUCACACGGCAGGUGGAGGAAGCCAUGGGCAGCAGCAGCUAGGGAGUGGAUCUUCCUCUGAGUCCCCAUCUGUACCCCACCUGCUGGCCCAACCCUCUGUUUCCUUGGGGGAGCAGCCUGGACCUAUGGCCCCGAACCUUCUGGGCUCCCAACAGCCCCUUGGGCUAGAUCGACCUAUUCAAAAUAGCACAGGGUCACAGCCUCCCAAAUCAGGACCUGCUCCGCAGUCUGGGCAGGGUCCUCCUGGAGCUGGAGUCAUGCCUACAGUGGGUCAACUUCGAGCACAGCUCCAAGGAGUCUUGGCCAAAAACCCACAGCUGCGGCACCUGAGCCCACAGCAGCAGCAGCAGCUGCAGGCACUCCUCAUGCAGCGGCAGUUGCAGCAGAGUCAGGCAGUACGCCAGACUCCACCGUUCCAGGAGCCCGGGACCCAGCCCUCUCCCCUCCAGGGCCUCCUGGGCUGCCAACCUCAACCUGGGGGUUUUUCUGCAUCUCAGACAGGACCCCUCCAGGAGCUAGGGGCAGGGUCUCGACCUCAGGGCCCACCCCGGCUCCCUGUCCCACAAGGAGCCUUAUCUACAGGACCAGUGCUUGGUCCUGUCCAUCCCACACCUCCACCUUCUAGUCCCCAAGAGCCAAAGAGACCUUCACAAUUACCUUCCCCCAGUGCCCAGCUAACCCCAACCCAUCCAGGGACUCCAAAGCCCCAGGGACCAGCCUUGGAGCUGCCUCCUGGGAGGGUCUCGCCUGCUGCUGCCCAGCUUGCAGAUACUUUCUUUGGCAAGGGCCUAGGACCUUGGGACCCCUCAGACAACCUCCCAGAAGCCCAGAAGCCCGAGCAGAGCAGCCUGGUACCCGGGCAUCUGGAGCAGGUGAACGGACAGGUGGUACAUGAGCCAUCCCAGCUCAGCAUCAAGCAGGAGCCUCGGGAAGAGCCGUGUGCCCUGGGUGCACAGGCAGUGAAAAGGGAGGCCAAUGGAGAGCCAGCUGGGACAGCAGGCACCAGCAACCACCUUCUGCUAGCAGGCUCCCGCUCAGAGGCUGGGCAUCUGCUCUUGCAGAAGCUCCUACGGGCAAAGAAUGUGCAACUUGGUGCUGGGCGGGGGCCUGAGGGGCUUCGAGCUGAGAUCAAUGGACACAUUGACAGCAAGCUGUCGGGGCUGGAGCAGAAACUACAGGGUACUUCCAGCAACAAAGAGGAUGCAGCCACAAGAAAGCCUUUGCCAGUGAAGCCUAAGCGGGUGCAGAAGACAAGUGACAGAUUGGCGAGCUCCCGAAAGAAGCUGCGGAAAGAAGAUGGGGUCAGGGCCAACGAGGCCUUACUGAAACAGCUAAAACAGGAGCUGUCCCAACUGCCGCUGACGGAGCCCACCAUCACCGCCAAUUUUAGCCUCUUUGCUCCCUUUGGCAGUGCCUGCCUAGUCAGUGGGCGGAGCCAGCUCAGGGGGGCCUUUGGAAGUGGGGCUCUGCACACUGGCCCUGACUACUAUUCUCAGCUGCUCACCAAGAAUAACCUGAGUAACCCGCCGACACCACCCUCGUCGCUGCCCCCCACCCCACCCCCAUCGGUGCAGCAGAAGAUGGUGAAUGGUGUUACUCCCUCUGACGAGCUGGGGGAACACCCCAAGGACGCAGCCUCUGCCCAGGACAGUGAAGGAAGGCUGAGGGAUGCUGCAGAAGUGAAGAGUUUAGACCUGCUGGCUGCUCUGCCUACGCCCCCUCACAAUCAGACUGAGGAUGUCAGAAUGGAGAGUGAUGAGGACAGCGAUUCUCCUGACAGCAUUGUGCCGGCUUCAUCCCCUGAGAGCAUCCUUGGGGAAGAGGCCCCGCGUUUUCCUCAGCUGGGAUCUGGCCGAUGGGAGCAAGACAACCGGGCCCUGUCCCCUGUCAUCCCCAUCAUCCCGCGCACCAGCGUCCCCGUCUUCCCAGAUACCAAACCUUACGGGGUCCUUGACCUGGAGGUCCCUGGAAAGCUGCCUGCUACAGCUUGGGAGAAGGGCAAGGGAAGUGAGGUGUCAGUCAUGCUCACGGUCUCUGCGGCCGCUGCCAAGAACCUGAACGGUGUCAUGGUAGCAGUAGCUGAGCUGCUAAGCAUGAAGAUACCCAACUCGUAUGAGGUGCUGUUCCCAGAUGGCCCUGCCCGGGCAGGCCUUGAGCCCAAGAAGGGGGAAGCUGAAGGUUCUGGUGGGAAAGAAAAAGGUUUGAGUGGCAAGGGCCCAGACACUGGACCUGAUUGGCUAAAGCAGUUUGACGCAGUGUUGCCUGGCUACACCCUCAAGAGCCAGUUGGACAUCUUGAGCCUCUUGAAGCAGGAGAGUCCUGCCCCAGAGCCAUCCGUCCAGCACAGCUACACCUACAAUGUCUCCAACCUGGACGUGAGGCAGCUCUCCGCCCCACCUCCUGAGGAACCUUCCCCACCUCCGUCCCCUCUGGCACCCUCUCCUGCCAGUCCUCCCGCUGAGCCCAUGGUUGAACUUCAGGCUGAACCACCUGCUGAGCCACCCAUCCCUUCACCUCUACCACUGGCUUCAUCCCCUGAAUCUGCCCGCCCCAAACCCCGAGCCCGACCCCCUGAAGAGAGCGAAGAUUCCCGCCCCCCACGCCUCAAAAAGUGGAAAGGGGUACGCUGGAAGCGGCUGCGGCUCCUGCUGACCAUCCAGAAGGGGAGUGGUCGUCAAGAGGAUGAGCGGGAGGUGGCAGAGUUUAUGGAGCAGUUUGGUACAGCUUUGAGACCAAGCAAGGUGCCUCGAGAUAACCGCCGGUGCUGCUUCUGUCAUGAAGAAGGAGACGGUGCCACCGAUGGGCCCGCCCGCCUGCUCAACCUCGACUUGGACCUCUGGGUACACCUCAACUGUGCCCUGUGGUCCACGGAAGUGUAUGAGACCCAGGGCGGGGCAUUGAUGAAUGUGGAGGUUGCUUUGCACCGAGGAUUGCUAACCAAGUGCUCUCUGUGCCAGCGAACUGGUGCCACUAGCAGCUGCAACCGCAUGCGUUGCCCCAAUGUCUACCAUUUUGCCUGUGCCAUCCGCGCUAAGUGCAUGUUCUUCAAGGACAAGACCAUGCUGUGUCCAGUGCACAAGAUUAAGGGCCCCUGUGAGCAGGAGCUCAGCUCGUUUGCUGUCUUCCGGAGGGUCUACAUUGAACGGGACGAGGUGAAGCAGAUCGCCAGCAUCAUCCAGCGAGGAGAGCGGCUACACAUGUUCCGAGUCGGAGGCCUUGUGUUCCAUGCCAUCGGACAGCUGCUCCCACACCAGAUGGCUGACUUCCACAGUGCCACUGCACUCUAUCCUGUGGGCUACGAGGCCACGCGCAUCUACUGGAGUCUUCGUACUAACAAUCGUCGCUGCUGCUACCGCUGUUCCAUCAGUGAGAACAAUGGACGGCCUGAGUUUGUGAUCAAAGUCAUUGAACAGGGUUUAGAGGAUCUGGUCUUCACUGAUGCGUCUCCUCAAGCUGUGUGGAACCGCAUCAUUGAGCCUGUGGCUGCCAUGAGGAAAGAGGCUGACAUGCUGAGACUCUUCCCUGAGUACCUGAAAGGCGAAGAACUCUUUGGGCUGACAGUGCAUGCUGUGCUUCGCAUAGCUGAAUCGCUACCUGGGGUGGAGAGCUGUCAGAACUAUUUAUUCCGCUAUGGGCGCCACCCCCUGAUGGAGUUACCGCUCAUGAUCAACCCCACCGGCUGUGCCAGAUCAGAACCGAAAAUCCUCACACACUACAAACGGCCCCAUACCUUGAACAGCACCAGCAUGUCUAAGGCGUAUCAGAGCACCUUCACAGGCGAGACCAACACCCCGUACAGCAAGCAGUUUGUGCACUCCAAGUCAUCUCAAUACCGGCGCCUGCGCACCGAGUGGAAGAACAACGUGUAUCUGGCUCGUUCACGUAUCCAGGGCCUCGGACUCUAUGCAGCCAAGGACCUGGAGAAGCACACCAUGGUCAUCGAGUACAUUGGCACCAUCAUUCGCAAUGAGGUGGCCAACCGGCGGGAGAAAAUCUAUGAGGAGCAGAACCGCGGUAUUUACAUGUUUCGGAUAAACAACGAACAUGUGAUUGACGCCACGUUGACCGGAGGCCCUGCCAGGUACAUUAACCACUCCUGUGCCCCUAACUGUGUAGCUGAGGUUGUGACAUUUGACAAGGAGGACAAAAUUAUUAUCAUCUCCAGCCGGCGAAUCCCCAAAGGAGAGGAGCUGACCUAUGACUAUCAGUUUGAUUUUGAGGACGAUCAGCACAAGAUCCCCUGUCACUGUGGAGCCUGGAACUGUAGGAAAUGGAUGAACUAAGAAGCUUUGAGGCUACCAGGCAGGGGAGUUCCCCCCACUCCCGCCUCUUCCCUGAAAGGGAUGAGGGGGAAGAGAGGUAGCAGCCAGAGCCAGGACCCAGGGCUGGGGCUGCCGGCCGACCGGAGCCCCUGGAGCAGGAGGCUGGGGCAGAGGACCCUAGGCCAAGCCUACCCUGGGCACCAGGGACAACCUCCUUCCCUGCCACCGGCCCUUAGGCUGGCAUCUGCCCCCAGCUCCAGGAGGGGACAGACGGGAGCAGCCGCUGGGCAUCUCAGGUUUGAGGGGGAUAUGGGCCGGGACUCCCCAGAAGUGUCAGGGAGCAGGGGGUGGGGUGUGCGGCCGGGCCUCCCAGCCCUGCUGCCUCCACCGACCUCGCUGGCCCAAUUCAAGGCUGCAAAGAGACUUGACUAAGCUUGACAAUCCCAAAGGCCGGGUCCCACACCUGGCCCUGCCUGCCGGGUCCUGCCCCCACCCCCACCCCCACCCCCUUCCUCUAUCUGUCUCUGUCUCCCUCUUUUCCUCUGUGUUUCUGUCUCUCUAUGGGUUGUGUUUCCUUGUUUUCCACUCUGACAAAUGCAACAUGACGGGAAAGAGGCAUCCAGAUGCCCAGGAGGGCAAGCCGGGCAAGGAGACCCCGCACCCACACCUACCUCAUUUAAGUGUUGGAUUUUUUGCUGUUUUGAAAUGUGAGACCCUCUCCGAGCCCCCUACUGCCCCGACUCUCUCCCCCACCUCACUGCCCUCGUCUGAGUGGGUGGAAGGGGGUAGGAGAAGGACAACAACAACAAUAACAACAACAAAAAUCCAUCUUUGUUUUUAAUUAUGGGCGUGGGAUGGCGGCUGAGGCAAAUGGGGAUGAAGAUUGGGGGUGACUGGUCCCUAGUUGCUCUAGGACCCCCUUCUCCAUCUGGACAUGGAGGCAGGAGGGGCGUGCUAAACCCAGGACCAGGAUCUCGCUCUCCGGUUUUCCCAGCCUCAUCCCGAGCCCAUCUGCCCUCCAGCCCCUGGACAGGGUGUGGGGGUAGGUGAGGGCUAUCCCUGAGCGGCGUGCCCAUACCCAGUGAGGCCGGGUGUGGUCCAGAGCUCUCACUUGCCUUCAGUCACCAAACUGCUGCUGGUCUGGUGGG